CGGAGCGGGCUAGAGGCCCGCCCCCUCCCCCCUAGGUCGGACGCUGAGCGGAGCCGCGGGCAGGAGGCCGGACGGACCGACUGACGGGAGGGACGGGAGGCGAGCAAGAUGGCGCAGACUCAGGGCACUAGGAGGAAAGUCUGUUACUACUACGACGGGGAUGUUGGAAAUUACUACUAUGGACAAGGCCACCCAAUGAAGCCUCACCGAAUCCGCAUGACUCACAAUUUGCUACUUAACUAUGGUCUCUACCGAAAAAUGGAAAUCUAUCGCCCUCACAAAGCCAAUGCUGAGGAGAUGACCAAGUACCACAGUGACGACUACAUUAAAUUCCUGCGCUCCAUCCGCCCAGAUAACAUGUCCGAGUACAGCAAGCAGAUGCAGAGAUCGAGUGCUGUGAAACUGAAUAAGCAGCAGACGGACAUCGCUGUGAAUUGGGCCGGGGGCCUGCACCAUGCAAAGAAGUCUGAGGCAUCCGGCUUCUGUUACGUCAAUGAUAUCGUCUUGGCCAUCCUGGAACUGCUAAAGUAUCACCAGAGGGUGCUGUAUAUUGACAUUGAUAUUCACCACGGCGAUGGCGUGGAAGAGGCCUUCUAUACCACAGACCGGGUCAUGACUGUGUCCUUUCAUAAAUACGGAGAGUACUUCCCAGGAACUGGGGACCUACGGGACAUUGGGGCUGGCAAAGGCAAGUAUUACGCUGUUAACUACCCGCUCCGAGAUGGGAUCGAUGACGAGUCCUAUGAGGCCAUUUUCAAGCCGGUCAUAUCUAAAGUGAUGGAGAUGUUCCAGCCCAGUGCGGUUGUCUUACAGUGUGGCUCUGACUCCCUGUCUGGGGAUCGGUUAGGUUGCUUCAAUCUGACCAUCAAAGGGCAUGCCAAGUGUGUGGAGUUUGUGAAGAGCUUCAACCUGCCUAUGCUAAUGCUGGGCGGAGGUGGCUACACCAUCCGUAACGUGGCCCGCUGCUGGACGUACGAAACGGCAGUGGCCCUGGACACAGAAAUCCCAAAUGAGCUUCCGUACAACGACUACUUCGAAUACUUUGGGCCAGAUUUCAAACUUCACAUCAGUCCUUCCAAUAUGACCAACCAGAAUACCAAUGAAUACCUGGAGAAGAUCAAACAGCGACUGUUUGAGAACCUGAGAAUGCUGCCCCACGCACCUGGGGUCCAAAUGCAGGUGAUUCCUGAGGAUGCCAUUCCAGAGGAGAGUGGCGACGAGGACGAAGAAGACCCUGACAAGCGCAUCUCGAUCUGUUCUUCUGACAAGCGAAUUGCAUGUGAGGAAGAGUUCUCAGACUCUGAUGAGGAGGGAGAAGGUGGACGCAAGAACGCUUCCAACUUCAAAAAAGCCAAGAGAGUCAAAACUGAGGACGAAAAAGAGAAAGACCCAGAAGAGAAGAAAGAAGUCACAGAAGAGGAGAAAACCAAGGAGGAGAAGCAAGAAGCCAAAGGGGUCAAGGAGGAGGUCAAGUUGGCUUGAGCAGACCUCUCCAGUUCUGGCUUCCUGCCAGGUUCCCCACCUUUCACCCACAACCCCUCAGAUUUUAUAUUUUCUAUUUCUCUGUGUAUUUAUAUAAAAAUAUAUUAAAUAUAAAUAUCCCCAGGGACUAGACAGGAACCAGGGCCCUGAGCCCAGGGCACAAGUUAUGAGUGAGCUUUUCUAGUGGCUGCCUUGCCACCUAUCCUUCCCCAGUUCUUAAUUUUGAACCAUAACGGGUGCCGGGUCUGGAAGGCAUACUCUUAAGCAGCCAUAGGACAGAAUCCUAAAAUGCCAAGUGCCUGCUUAGUAGCUUUGGAAAGGUUCCCUUGUUGAGCGUUCUAGGAGUGGCUGGGUUUUCAGGGACCCCCUCCCGUCAUGCUCCUUAAGGUAACAUCAGCCAUUUUUAGAUUGGUUUGGUUAUCAUACCUUCCCACUGGCCCCAUGUGAGCCAAGGAACUCACACUGCCUGCCCUCUAACCUCGUCCAAUUCUGCAGGUGGAGAUUGGUAGUCUAGUAUCCUUUUUGAGAUACUAUUUUCAUUUUCAUGAGGAUCUUUGUAAUAAAAAUGGUACAUUUCUACAUUC